AUGCAGUCCAGGAUGUCCAAGAGAGGCCUCGUUCAUUACCGUGGUCUUUUCCUGAUGAUUAGUAUCCUUGGCAUUGGUGGCAUGUUUCAGUAUGGCUUCCAUAUUUCUGUCAUGAAUUCUCCAUCACCUUACAUCAAACAAUUCAUUAACCAGAGCUGGAUAGAAAGAUAUGAGACCCCAGUUCCUGAGAGAACCCUCACCUUCAUCUGGUCAAUGAUCGUAUCUGUGUUCAGCAUUGGGGGUCUAAUAGGGUCAACAGCAUCUGGAUACCUUAUGGGCAUUGCUGGGAAAAAGAAAUGCCAGCUCUUCAACUGCUUCCUGCCACUUAUCAGCACUGGGCUCAUGGGUCUGAGUCUCAAAGCCGGCUACUUUGAGAUGAUCAUGGUUGGACGUUUCCUGUCUGGGUUUUAUGCAGGUUUAGGAGUUAAUAUUCAUGCUCAUUAUGCGGGAGAGUGCGCACCCCGAAAACUACGUGGUUUCCUCAAUACCACUGGGCCACUUUUUGUAACACUGGGCAAGCUGUGUGGUCAGAUAGUUGGACUAAGAGAGAUCUUUGGGACUGAAUCCCGGUGGCCUUUGCUUCUGCUAGUCACUGGCGUAACUUCGCUUGUUCAAUUGGUUGCCUUGCCUUUCUUCCCAGAGUCUCCUCCAUACCUCCUCCUGAACAAGGGUGACAAGGAAGGCUGUGUAAGAGCCUUGAAGCAGCUGUGGGGGGACAGAGACCACCAGGUACACAUUGAAGAAAUGUUGAAAGAGCAAACCGCUAUCAAGAAAUCAAGAAACAUGAGUGUCCUAGAGCUGCUAAGAGAUCCCUCCCAGCGCUGGCAGCUCUUUGUUAUGAUUGGCAUGAUUCUCAGUCUUCAACUCAGUGGUGCCAAUGCAAUUUACUUUUAUUCUUAUGAUGUGUUUCAAGGGGCUGGUUUCCCUCAGGAUCAAAUAACUUAUGUAUCGCUGGGAGUUGGAGCCUUUGAAUUUGUGUCUGCCAUGAUCUGUAGUCUGCUCAUUGAUAGCUUUGGGAGAAAGAUCCUUAUCUUGGGAGGUUACGGCCUUAUGGUUCUCACUCUAGGACUCCUCACAGUAACUUUGUCCCUACAGAGCACCUAUACCUGGAUGCCAAACUGCAGUGUUGCACUCAUCUUCCUCUUUAUAUUCUUGUAUGGUGCUGGACCAGCUGGUGCCACUGUAAGUACGUGUGUUGAAAUCUUCUCCCAGACUCCUCGUGUACCAGCAUUUGUCAUUUCUGGUUGUUUCAGCUGGGUGGGACUCUACAUCCUUGGAAUGAUCUUCCCUUAUGUUGUGGAAACCCUUCAGCAAUACUGUUUUAUUCUAUUUAUUGUUGUUAUUCUCAUUUCAUCAACUUUAAUAUUCCUGCUUGUUCCUGAAACUAAAGGCAAAUCCAUAUCACAAAUCUCAGAGGAAUUCAACAAGCUGAACUUUAGGAAGAAGCGCCUGCUAAACAAAGCCACAGAUUUGCAAUAUGACCUGAGCACCAAACUGUGA